AUGGGAGACUUGUUAUAUGCACCGUUCUAUGCACGACUACCGUCUCUGCCAGCUCUGUCUCCAUCCAAACAUUUACAUUAUGUGCCCCUCCGCACGGAGGUUGUUCCAAAAGCAGACUCCACUAACACGACAACCUCCAACGCACCCUCUUCUCUGGCCAACAGGAAGGCGUCCAUACGCCCGCCAUCUGCAAACAUGAUACAGCCUCAUCCUCACAGACGUGCUGCACAGUUUUACGACGGCCAUACAGUCAUCGUCCCGCCCGUUCAGGAGACAGUCAAGAUUCCUACCCGGACACAACACAUUAAAGCUCAAGAUGCCUUUCUGAAACAGGUAGAGCAUAUAAACUGUGAGUACUCCCCAUCAAAGAUACGAACCUCCCGCGGUAUUAAAGCAGAGCUACUUCCCUCUGUGCUGCUGGAGUGCUGCAAAGAUGAACCCUGCUAUGCAUACUUGCUCUCCGAGUUGGCUAAGGCUGUGGAAAGGCAUAAGAGCAGGCUCAAACCUGCUGCAGAGGUCGAGGGCUGUGAAGCAAACCUAGAAUCCAAGGAGUCACGAGUUACUGAUAGAGCUCAAACAGAGAGUCCUAACGCAAAGGAAGGACCUGACGAUGAGAUAGAGAGGCUUGGAGAGACAUCUGGAAACAUAGUGUCAUUGGCGAAGCUAGUUGCAAAGAAGGAGAUCGAGGCAAGUACGUAUCGCAAACGCAUGGAUCAUAUGAAGACAACCCUCACAAAGCUGAAUAAAGAAAUUCAAAUAGCCAAGACAACAAUAGGUGCGCUGAAUGCAGAGAUUGCACGUCUUGAAUCAAUAUACCAAAUUUCAAUGGAGUCCAGAGCGCCUGGUACACUGAAAGAGCGAAUGAUGAACUUAGAUAAGACUGCCCAUAUGAUACUCGCCGGCGAGUAG